GCUAGAAGGUUUCUACGUAUAUCGGGUAGCGAAAGGGUGUAUCGAAAUGAGUCAUCACGACGAGGAGGUAUAAAAGACAUAAGAAACUGCUUCAUCGACACCCAUAACUCAUUUUGCUCAGCACUAACACGAAGUCGUUAGAACAAUGAAAAUCGCGAUCGCAUUAGCGUGUUUGUUGGCGUUAGCUGCUGCCGUAGACCAGGUUGAACUAGCCGAUCAAAUGACCGAUUUGGAUGCUGCUGAGAACAGGUACGGUGCGUACGGUGGUUUUGGUGGAUACGGUGGUUACGGGGGACGUGGUGGAUAUGCAGGACACAGCGGCUAUGGAGGAUAUGGGGGACACAGCGGAAAUAAAUUCCGGUUUGGCCGCUCCGUCGAAGAGGAUGUCGUUGCAGACUUGAAAACGGCUGAAAAUCACAGAGCCAGUUACGGAGGAUAUCGUGGGGGAAUCAGUGGAAACUAUGGAGGAUAUCGCGCUGGAAACUACGGUGGACGUCCUGGCGGAAACUACGGUGCAUACGGUGGACGCCAUCAUGGCUAAACGGAAUGUUCCACCAACAUUCAGCUUGCCAUUUUCUAUACUAAAUGUAGCUGUCAAACUGAAUGUAACCAGCACUACUCUGUGGCACUUGCAUCUACUUUCUCUUAUCGUAUUAUGUUUCAGUUAUCAACUCUUUUGCGUCAAUAAACGAUACGGCAAUUUUUA